CAACUGUCAUGAGUCAAGUCAACAGUCGGCAACAAUUACCAAUAAUUGAGAAGAUAGUUUCUGAUUCAUUACUAUGUUCUUGUGAAAAUAAUAUAAAUAUGGAAGAAUUAUACAAUCUAGUGCCUUGUAGAGAAAGUCAACUAAACGAUUUAGUUGAACUUUUAGGCGAUAACGGAGAAUCUUUACCGUGCUCGAUAUUCAUAAGUGGAAGUUUAGCCACCGGCAAAACUGUGUGUGUAAAUACAGUAUUAGACUAUUUGAAUUUAAAAUACGUUUUAAUUGACUGUAUUGAAUGUUAUUCAGCAAAAAUUAUGUUUGAAGAAAUUUUAAGAAUACAAGGAGACGAAGGCACAAAGUGUGAUACUUUAUCAGAUUUAAUUAAUAAUCUAAACCGUUUAUCCGAUAUAAUCAAAUACGAUCCAAUCGUUUUAGUAUUCGACAGAGCAGAAAGAUUAAGAUGUAUGGACCAUAGUAUAAUAUCCGCUUUCCUUAGACUGCGUGAAUUGUGUUGUCUUAAUAUUUGUACUAUUUUCAUAAGUCAACUUGUUUACGAUAACUUUUAUUUUAAAAUGGGUGUCAGGGAGCCAAUACAGUUAUAUUUUCCAAACUACACUAAAGAAGAACUAUUGAAAAUAAUUCUUCUAAAACAUGACGCAUUUGUUUACUAUUUGAAACAUAAUUAUGAAAUAGACAGUGACAUCAAUCAAGAACUUGAAAAGCCAGAGUUAUUUGCAAACUUUCUUAAUGCAUUCUUAAGCGUGUUCUACCGACCGUGUCGUGAUCUGAUCGAGCUGCAACACAUGGCGAAAGUAAAUUUUGUUAAAUAUUGUGAGCCAAUCAUAAAGAAAGAAAUAAAUGCGAGUGAUCUAUCAAAACUUUGGCGUCAUAUUGCUCCAAUAUUAAAAACAAGCCUAGAACUGCUAUAUUUAAGAAUAAGUACACAGAAUACAACAGAAAUAUCAAAUGAUAAAGAGAAUGACAUUCAACCUAAUUGUGAUUAUGAAAAUACCUUACAACUCUUAUCUACUAAGACAUUUGCCCAAAGCUUUGAAUUGCCAUAUUAUGCCAAAUUCUUACUCAUUGCAGCUUACUUAGCUAGCUACAAUCCACCAAAAGAAGACAAGCGAUUAUUUAUGAAAAAUCAUGGAAAACAAAGAAAAAGACUCCAACAAGUGCGAGCAAAAGCUAAAAUAACUGAAAAACUCAACACACAGCUUGGUCCAAAAGUCUUUAAUCUUGAUCGCCUUUUAGCAAUAUUUUAUGCAAUUUUAGAGGAAAAAAUUGGUUUAACAAGUAACUUAUUAGCUCAAAUUGCAACACUUGUUGAAUUAAAGCUCAUUGCUGGAAACAAAGAGGUUGAUCUGGAUUCUUCCAAGUAUAAAUGUAUUGUGGGCUAUGAUUUUAUAUCAGCAGUAGCCCAAACUGUUGGCUUUAAUGUAAGAAAAUAUUUAUAUGAUUUUAUUUAAAAAACUGCAUGUGUAAUUAUUUCUUCUACAAUAAAUAAAAUCUUACUGUUUUA